GGUGGUUAUGGCUUGCCCCUACCUUACUACGGUUUUUUUUCGCCUUACAUUUUCGCCAUGAAACGGCAUGUCUCUUCCCCUGUCAAAACAGAAAUGCCCCAAAAGAAGGCGAAGAUUUCUGAAACCCCCGGUGAACGGGAUUAUCUCGUUGAAAAUGACGGAGAAUGGACAAAGGUCGAGAGACGGAAACAGAAGAAGGCGAAGAAAACAGAAGUCAAGCUUGAUAGUGCCCAACCCCGGUUCAUGUACUCGAGUUCUGAAAUCACGAAAAGGUCUUAUGCUGUGGGGAUCGAGGAAAUACGGGAUCUGGCACUACACAUUAUUUCUGAUGCACCUCCCCCAAACUGGCUACGAGUCGAGAACGCCUUUUUAAUCACCAAAGUUGUCGCUAUCCUCAUACCCGGAAUUACUCCAGAUAUUCUUGGUCUACCACCUCUUCCUACAUCCGCGAUGUCCAAUCCAAAUAUACCCUUGUCGAUACCACUCCCUCCACGACCAGAACUCGGCAAAGAACUAUCUGGAGUCCCGUUUAUUGCCUCUACAUUCAGCCACGCUUGUCCGACCCGCGCUCCUGGUGAUUCGACGCGAAUGCACAGCGUCCUAUCUACAUUCUUCAACGGCCCUAUCAGCAGCUCUGAGAAAAAGAAACGAACGGCAGAAAAAGAAAUGUCAGAUAUACUUGGGAAUAAAGAUCCAGAACAAUAUCUGCUUACCCUAGAGCGAAUGAUCGAGAACGAGUAUCCUAUCCCCUCGUAUACGGCCGAUGUCUUUCAGAAAUCACCUGGGUGGGUAGAGACCCCGGAGCAACCAAAGGAGUCAUUAUUGACAUCAAGUGAAGGAAAGAGGCAACGAAAAAUAUAUAGUAUCGAUUGCGAAAUGUGUCUAACGGAGGACGGCAAAGAGCUUACGCGGGUCUGCGUUAUUGACUUUGACACUGGGAUUGUGGUAUACGAUCAGCUGGUGAAGCCUGGAAAGGCCGUAGUUGACUACCUUACGCGAUGGUCGGGUAUUACAGCAGCCGCGCUCGCCACUGCAACCACCACCUUCUCAGAAGCUCAAGCCCAGGUUCUCCGCAUUCUGAGCCCCCCAAUCAGCAAUCCCUUCUCGACAGAAAAACCUAAACCCCCACCUCCAACCCCAAUUUUGCUCGGCCAUUCUUUAGAAUCCGAUUUAAAGGCGUUGAAAAUAUGCCAUCCUUUCUGCAUUGAUACCGCAAUUAUUUAUCACCAUCCUCGGGGGAGACCGCUGAAACCCGGACUUGCUUGGCUCACGAAAAAAUGGUGUAAUCGCGAGAUACAGACUCGUGGAGAAGGAGGGCAUGACCCAGAAGAGGAUGCCAGGGCGUGUGUGGAUCUGCUCAAGAAGAAACUGAUUGAGGGACCUAUGUUUGGGGAGUUCAAAACAGACUACGAGAGCAUUUUCGAAAGAAUGAGUAGAUCUACACGGAGAGCAGGCGGUGGUGUUGGGAGUAUCAAAUGUGCCGUAGUCGAUCACGGGAACCCAUCGAUGAUGCAUGGAAACAAAGCAACGACCAGCAUAGGAUGCAGCACUGAUGAGGAGGUGUUGACCAACCUCUUGGAGGUCCUGCCUUCGCAUCACUUUGUCUUUGGAAGGUUUAUGUCACUAGCGAAUGUUCUUGGAUGGGUCACCCCGAAAGUAGCACCUGACGUUCCUCCGCCGGAGCCCGUUCCGCCCCCAACUCCUGAAGUAAUAGCAACUGUUCUAAGCGAUCUGAACGCGAGACUCAAAUCUCUUCACGCUUCUCUUCCUUCUCGCACUGCUUUAAUAAUAUUCACCGGCCACUCUGACCCUCGGCAUAUGGUGGUGCUGAAUGCACGGAAACACGCUUUUGAGACUGCUAUCAGGAAUGGCAGGUCGACGCAAGCUCUCCAGCCGCAAGAACAGUGGUCAGCUCAUGAUUCUCGGGUACUGGAAGAGGCAGUAGAACUGGCAAAAAGAGGUUUACUGUUCUUAGGUGUCAAACCCUAA